CCCUCCGGUCUACAAACGCUCGGAUGGAGAGCGGCUUCAGCUGCAAGCUCUAAACUUCAGCGGGCAUUGCUGUGUCUCUAAGGUUCUUUAAAGUGUCAGGGGUGGAAAGAAAAAACUCCCUGCCUCCUCCCCUCUGCUAGCCCAUCUUUCCUGUGGAGGAAGAGGGGCAGUCGGUGCAUGCUGCAGUGGAGGAGAGGUGGUUCACACCAGUGCACGAGCUCUCAAAGCUCACAAAUCUCAUCUAUUUCUCAUCUAUUCAAACUAAGAGGACUUCAUCUGGAGCGCAUCUGUGGAGGCUGUUUGGAUAUUUGAGCAGCGGUCAGACGGUAAAAGUCUGCAGACAUGUCGCCUUUCCUACGGAUCGGAUUUUCCCACUUUGAGAUUGAUCCGGGUCUGGCUUAUCAUGAGGAGGUGCUGAACCCAUACUGUGCUGUUUAUAUGAAGGAGGCCGUUGACACAGAGAAGGGUCAAGUGUACAAGCAGAAGAAGCCCACCAUGUAUCCGCCCUGGAGCACCACAUUCGAUGCCCACGUCCACCGCGGGCGCAUCAUGCAUGUGAUGGUAAAAGACCGGACAGCCGAGCUCAAGUCUGAGGCCACGGUAGCUCUGGACUCGCUGGCAACACGGUGCAAAAAGGAGAACGGCAAGCUGGAGAUUUGGUUGGAGCUGAAGCCGCAGGGACGCAUGCUCAUGGAGGCUAGAUAUUAUCUGGAGAAAAGUGAUGCUGUGGGUCACACAGACGGAGACCCGGAGUCCGAGCGUGAGAGAGAGGGUCUGUUCACCCUCCACCAGCGACGCGGCGCCAUAAAGCAGGCCAAAGUUCACGUGGUCAAGUGUCACGAGUUCAGCGCGACGUUCUUUCCUCAGCCAACCUUCUGCUCUGUAUGCAAAGAGUUUGUUUGGGGUCUUAACAAGCAGGGUUACCAGUGCAGACAGUGCAAUGCAGCAAUCCACAAAAAAUGCAUAGACAAAGUUAUCGCCAAAUGCACUGGUUCAGCCAUAAACAGCAAGGAAACAAUGAUCCACAAGGAGCGCUUCAAGAUCGACAUGCCUCACAGGUUUAAAGUCUACAACUACAAAAGUCCCACCUUCUGCGAGCACUGCGGGACUCUGCUGUGGGGGCUCGCCAAGCAGGGGCUCAAAUGUGAGGAAUGCAGCAUGAACGUCCAUCAUAAAUGCCAAAAGAAAGUGGCUAACCUCUGCGGGGUCAACCAGAAACUGAUGGCUGAAGCUCUGGCAGUCAUCGAGAGCAAGCAGCAGGCGAGAACUACCAGAGACAGUGACAUUAUUGGUCGGGAAGGUCCAGUAAGUGUUGCCCAGCUGGGAGUGGUGCGAGCACCAUCCGGGCUAGUUAUGGGUUUACCAGCCACAGCUACACCUGCAAGCAAAGCAGAUUAUCAGGGUGUUUCAUGGGAGGGACCAGGAGAUGUCAGCAGGUCGGUCAGCGAGGUGCUUCCAGAAGAGCCUCUGUACGCUGUCCCGAGGAAAGAUCACCAACCCAAAUUUACCAUCGAUGACUUCACCCUGCACAAGAUGCUCGGGAAAGGCAGCUUUGGCAAGGUGUUUCUAGCAGAGCUGAAAAGGAGCGGUGAAUUUUUUGCAGUAAAAGCUCUGAAGAAAGACGUGGUGCUGAUGGAUGAUGAUGUUGAGUGCACCAUGGUAGAGAGGAGGGUUUUGUCUCUAGCCUGGGAAAAUCCCUUCCUUACACAUCUUUACUGCACCUUCCAAACUAAGGAAAACCUGUUCUUCGUCAUGGAGUAUCUGAAUGGAGGGGAUCUUAUGUUCCACAUCCAAAACUGCCACAAGUUUGACUUGCACAGAGCCACCUUCUAUGCAGCUGAGAUCAUCUGUGGGCUCCAGUUUCUGCACUCUAAAGGAAUUAUUUACAGAGAUCUGAAACUGGACAACGUGCUGCUGGACUUAGAUGGUCAUAUAAAGAUAGCAGACUUUGGCAUGUGUAAGGAGAACAUGCAGGAUGACGUACGGACCUCCACCUUCUGCGGGACCCCAGACUACAUCGCCCCAGAGAUCCUGCUGGGUCAGAAGUACAACAGCUCUGUGGACUGGUGGUCAUUCGGAGUGCUGCUGUACGAGAUGCUGAUCGGUCAGUCUCCGUUCCACGGCCGCGAUGAAGAGGAGCUGUUUCAGUCCAUACGGACAGACACCCCCAUUUAUCCCAACUGGCUCAGCAAAGCUGCAAAGGACAUACUCAUCAAGCUGUUUGUGAGGGAACCUGAGGAGCGGCUGGGAACCAAAGGCAACAUCAGACAUCACAGUUUCUUCAGCAGCACAGACUGGAACGCCUUAGAGCAACGGCAGGUGCCGGCACCCUUCACACCAACUAUAACCUCACCCAGCGACUGCAGUAAUUUCGACAAAGAGUUUAUCAACGAGAAGCCCAGACUAUCGUGUGCCGACCGCACGCUUAUCAACAGCGUAGACCAGACGAUGUUCAGAAACUUCUCCUUCGUUAAUCCUGGCAUGGUUCGGAUCGCAGCACGCUGACCACCGGACAAAAAAUGGCUACAAUCUACAAACAGGCUGCUCAGUCACAACCAGCAGUGACUGUAACUGGAACCUACUGUAGAACCCGAAUGUGGCAAAACUCACAUACAUGAUGAUGCUUUGCUAACCACUAAAGGGGUAUAAACCGAUACAACCAAACUGUGACCGGAUCUUUAAAUUUCACACAAAUACCUUUAAAAUGUACCUGUAGUCAACUUUGAUACUUUAGAGUUUAGUUGACUAAAGGCAUACAUUUCCUUACAGUGUUAUUCUAACAGCAUGGUUUGGUUUUAUUCUGUUAUAAAACUAUUCACACAUUGCACACUUGUGCAAAUAUGUGCAAAUAUUCAAUAAAAAAAAAGAAAGAAAGA